ACAGUAAAGGCUCGCGAAACCUUAUCGCAACAAUGACGUCACAUCAAAGAGCGCCCAAAACACCCUAGCAUCCGGCCGUGAUUGGCUGAUCAAAGGAGCCGACUGUCGUCUGAUUGGCCGAGAGCAGAGAACUACUGUAAACGACCGCGGACAACAACAAUAUCCGAUCCGUAAUGAGCUCAUACACACUGUAGUGAGAAUAGCCGGACUGAGAAUUAGGCACGGUACUGCUUGCUGCGAGACGACAAUCACUUCGACUAAAUGUCACGAAAAACUGGAUAUUUUUUCCAUUAUUUUUGGCCGACGAUGUUUUCAGAUGAGCAUGACACAACCUUAGAAAUAUGAAACUUAUAUAAAGUAGCAAUUACAGUUAUUGUUGUUGUUUGGGUGUGUCGCAUGCCAUGAGGCAAUCAACAUAUAUUGAGAAGAGGAAAAGCAACACGUAAUCGUACUGAAGAUAAGAAGAAAUAGCAUCUAGUGCCAUUGACAACUCCGUUCCGGAGAGGCAAACACAUUCAUAUCUUUUGUCCUGGAAUUCGUCCAGAUUUACAGCUCUUACAAUGGAUAAAACAUUGAAUGACCAUCAAGAUGAUUCCAACACAUUGAAUGAAAAAAAGAAAGGAAGAGAAGAGACAAUCAAUACCCAUGGACAGCAUCAGGAUCAAACCUCGCCAAACAUUUCUCCUCUAGGGCGUGUGCGGCUCUAUUCUGAGUCUCAGGUGUAUACGGUCAGCCGCUGGCAGGAAGCAGAGCCCCAGGAUGGAACAUCAGCGGAGGAGAACGGAGGAACGGGAGAUGGACUUCCAUUCAGAAGUCGUUCUCAAUCUGCUCCUGCUGCACUGUGGAAAGCAAAGAAGUACGGACGGCAGCUGAAGAGAAUGAGCGAUGAAUUUGACACAUGGCUCGACCAAGGAGAGGUCAAAAGAGUGAACAGUCAGAAACAGACCUACCGAGGAUGGUUCUCGUUCCUCUGGAGUCCCAAAGAAGAGGAGGGCAGAGAAUGAAGUAGCCAUGCUUUAAGAAUGCUUUACACACCAUUAUAACAGUUACCAAACAGCUGCUCUCAGAUGAAGGCUGGUCUGAUCACCAUCAUGGCCUUUUUAUAAUUGAUGUGCUCAAACUAGUGCCAAAACGGUCAUCUGAGAGAACGGGAAAAAUGCUGUAUCACAAUUUACCACUGCAAAAACAUGUUUAACUAAAGGUGUUGUCAGUGUUUCUUCAAUUUGACAAUCUUAAAAGGGACAAUCUCCUAAAAUGCUACAAUUUAAUUGACAAUCUAUCAAAAAUGUUUUUUUUUCUGAUUCA